AUGGAUAACGAAGACCUUUAUGAUGAAUUUGGUAACCUUAUCGGUGAUCCAUUAGACUCAGAUGCCGAAUCACACUACAGUUCUGAUGAUAAUCGCAGUCAAGGAAUACCAGCUGGCAACGAAGAUGCUAUGGACGUAGAUGAGCAUACCCCAGAGACAGCUUCCCAAGCGAUCGUUUUACAUGAAGACAAGAAGCAUUACAGCACCUUAUCCGAAACCUUCGGUGCUGAUGUGGAAACCAUUGUCCAGACAUACGAUAACCAAUCUAUCUCAGAGCCUAUCGUUCAUCCCCAUAUCGAAAAGAGCUUCAAGGUCGAAGAGAAGAGUCUUCCAAGGGUGGCCUAUCCCCGUGACUACUUACUAUCUGUCUUGAAUACCGCCCCCCACAGAGUCAGAAACGUUGCGCUCGUGGGGAACCUUAACAGUGGUAAAACCACAUUCUUGGAUAUGUUGAUCUUGCAGACGCACAAGGAGUUGCAACUCUCGACUUGCUUGAAAAACUUCAAAUCUUUGAGAUACACAGACAACCACACGUUGGAGAUCGGCAGAGGCAUGACCCUAAAGGUAUCACCAGUCACCCUCUUGCUCCCCAAUCUAAAGGGUAACUCAUUGUGCGUCAACCUCUUGGAUACCCCGGGUCAUGUCAACUUCUAUGAUGAACUAGCAGUGGCGCAGCGGACGGUUGAUGUGUGCGUUGUGGUAAUAGACUUGGUGGAAGGUCUCACGGUGGGCACCAAGGUUGCCAUUGAAAACGCCUUGAAAAACAACUUGGAAUUGAAAUUGAUCUUGAACAAGAUUGAUCGAUUAGUUUUGGAGUUGAAGUUACCCCCGUCUGACGCCUACUUCAAAAUCAAGUACAUCGUGGAGCAGAUUAAUGAAUUUAUUGCGGACUCGUUGCGGUCUUCCCCACAGUCCCAGUACCCCUUCCCCGUCCGGUUGUCUCCAGAGUUGAACAAUGUCUGCUUUGCGUCCUCCACCUUGGAGUUCUGCUUCACCUUGAAAAGUUUCAUCAAGCUAUAUUUGGAGAAGUUCGAUCCUCAGGGAACAAAGAUCAAUAUUGACGAGUUUGCUGCCAGAUUAUGGGGCGACAUUUAUUACGACCCAUCAACAAACAAUUUCACUACUAAAAACAACUCUUCUUUGAGCUUGACCAGAUCUUUCAUCUACUUCAUUCUCACACCGUUAUACAAGCUUUUCACCCACGCCAUCGUUAUCAACAAGGACAGCUUGUCUCGGAUAUUGUACUCCAACUUUAACGUCACCUUGCCGAACGCCACGUACAAGUUGGACUCCCAGAUUUUGUUAAAGCAGGUGAUGAAGGCUGUUUUUGGCGAGAGCUUGGGGUUUGGUGACAUGUUACAGGCAUCUAUCUCACCUCUGGAGACAAACUCUCAGAGGGUGCAGAGCCAGCUCGGACUAGAGAGCGAUGGAGGCCCAACCUCGCCGUUGAUCGCACAUUUAACCAAGUUGGUUGAAACCUCCGACGGUGAGUCAUUCUUCGGCUUGGUUAGAAUUUAUUCGGGGGCAUUGAAGCUCAACUCUAAGAUUAAGAUUUUGGGAGAAAACUUCGAGGAAGAUGACGAAGACUUCCACGUGAUUACAGUGGAUGAAUUGUACUUGUCAGGUGGAAGAUACCGGGUACCUGUGGAUGAAUUAGGUCCCGGUGCCAUUGGGUUGAUUGGUAACGAAAGCUUACACACAUUGGUUAGUAAAUCCGCCACUAUUUAUGACGAUACCAUGAGCAUCCCACAUAAAAACUUUCCGUUGAUCGAUUACAUUGUUGAGCCCGUGUUCAAGGUCGCCAUUGAGCCUGCCAUUCCCUCGGAACUUCCAAAAUUAUUGUCAGGGUUGCGUUCCAUUAACAAAUCCUACCCCGGUGUGGAAAUCAAGGUGGAGGAAAACGGCGAGCAUGUGAUUUUUGGCUCCGGGGAGCUCUAUAUGGACUGCUUGUUGCAUGAUUUGCGUCAGUCAUUUACGGGGAUUGAAGUCAAAAUCAGCGAUCCAAUCACCCGCUUUAGCGAAUGCUGUGAGACUAUCUCCUUCACCAAGAUUAGCGUCGAGUCUACCAACGGGAAGAACCGAAUCUCUGUGGUUGCCGAGCCCUUGGACAACCCCAAGUUGGUUAAAGCCAUUGAGAACGGUCAAAUCAACCUUCUGAGGGGCUCCUCUAGGGCGCUUGUGAAGAUGCUCAGGCAAGAGUACGGUUUAGAUUCGUUGACUGCCAGGUCCAUUUGGUCGCUUGGACCAGACGAACGAAACUCACCAAACUUGUUACAGGAUGACACUUUGCCGCUGGACAAUCCCGAUGAAAAGGCUAGAUUGGUUUCCAUGAAAGACUCAAUCAAGCAGGGCUUCAAAUGGGCGACGCGUGAGGGUCCACUCUGUGACGAGCCGAUUCGUAACACAAAGUUUCGUAUCAUCGAUUGUGCCCUUAGUGACGACUUAAUGUCGAGAAGUACAUCCCAGAUCAUUCCGAUGUUGCGUAAAGCUUGUUACACGGCCUUCAUGACUGCCUCUCCGAGACUAUUGGAGCCUAUUUAUGCCAUUCAUGUUACGUGCACCCGAGCUGCGAUCAAGGUUGUGGGCCAAUUGGUGGAAAAGAGAAGAGGUUCGGUGUUGAAGGACUCCCCAAUUCCUGGAACUCAGUUGUAUAAUGUUUAUGGUAACGUUCCGGUUAUUGACUCGAUUGGGUUGGAAAGUGACAUUCGACUCGCUACUGGAGGGCAAGCUAUUGCCUUACUCGUGUUUGAAAAAUGGAGCGUGGUUCCCGGUGAUCCGAUGGACAAGACGUGUUUCAUCCCUCAAUUGAGACCAGCCCCCUAUAAAUCAUUAGCCAGAGACUUUGUCACCAAGACCAGAAAACGAAAGGGCUUGACCGGGGAACCAGGUUUGGAGAAGUACGUCGAGAGGGGUCUAGUUGAGAAAUUGAAGGAGAGUGGGUUGAUUCAAUGA